GAAAAGCUUCUUGUCCUUUUUUUUUUUUUGUUGGGCCUUUCAAGGGUUGAAACAAAACCCUUUGGAGAUUUGAUACAUAGUAAGAUAUAUUCUUAGUUGUCUGAAAUCCCCUAAACCCUUAAAACCCUGCUCCAGGACUCGCACAGUCUCUGAUCACUCGUUUUCGUUUGCUACUAUGGCGUCUCGCUAUGCAUCAUUUACGAGGAGUGCAAGAUCUGCAAUGCAUCACAGCAGCAGAAGAGGCCCCUCCUCAUCAUUCAGGCCAUCAAACCCUAAACCCACUUCAUUUACAAACCCUAGCAGUGCGAGCACGCGCAGGCGCUGGGCAAUGUCAUUAAUUCCACUGCACAAUGCAGUUGCAGAUGCAAAGCUCGUAUCCCAUUUGAGUGUCACCUCGAGGAAUUGCAGCGCCCUCGCUCUUGGUCUUCAAGGAUUCAUUGAUGCUGAGUUGCACACAUUUGGUGUCAGAUCACCCCGAGCUAAUAGAGCACUUUCAAUUGUGCUUGACAAAUUCAGUGCAGGCCUUCAAGGAUUCAUACCCAGGCUUCUCUCGCUAUGUCACUGUCAGAUUUCUCUGAGCCGAAUGAACCUUUUUAAUCCUCAAGUAGAACUAUCAGGUCUUCAAGGAUUCAUUGAGGCUGCUUUGCGCAAUUAUAAUAUUGGAUCUCCCUGAGCAAAUUGAGAGCUUUCGAACCUCAAAAAAAGGGGUAUAAAGUGGUGUUCUAUAGCAUACAGACAUGCUCUAUUUUUGGCUGUACACAUUGAUUGUCUGCAGGCUUGAUGGUGAAAAGUAUGGUAGUGCUGUGGCCUCAAGGAAAUGAUGCAAAAUUAGACCGCCUUAUGUUCACUGUGGUUAGGCAGAAAACUGGUACACUAUUUGAGUAGGAAAAUUGUAGAGAAGUACGUUUGAGUUUCUUAGAUUUUGACCUUCGGAGAAUGAAUAGAUUGAUUGUAGAUUUGGUUAAGCUGGGACAAAUGAUGGUCUAGCUGCAUAUACAUUUUUACUUUAGGUUUGGAUCAUUUCCAAGCUGUUCAAUAAGUACAUUGAUUUUGACUUUUCCUCAGAUCUGUAGGAUUUCUGUGACAAAUAAAAAUUAGAUUUUUAAAUGAAUUGGCACAAAUCUAUAUCUAUUUGCA